CGUACUUUCUGCAGAGAAGAGGUGUGGGUUUGCUGCUGAAUUCGCUUUGUGCGAGCAAUGACUGACACCGGCAAAUACUUGGUGAUCACGGCUGAGGAGAUGGCGUACGUCAGGAGGGAGGUGGGCACCAACGAGGAUGACAUCAAGACGGCUGUGACGUCACUGCGAGAGUGGCUUAGGAUGCAGCCACACUUACCUGACGCCGUAGACGACUCCCUCAUUGAGCGAAUGUACAUCAACUCCAAGUGCAGCAUGGAGAAGGUGAAACUGGGAUUAGACGCAUACUUCUCCCUCAAACACAGAUUUCCCGAGUUACUAAUCAACAGAGAUAUUGGAGGAAGCGACUUCCAGUUUUUAAUGAAGCACUUAAAAAUGAUGACGAUGCCACGACUCACCAAGGACGCAUAUCGCGUGCACGUCUGGACUGCAGUGGACAAAGACCCGACAAAUAUAAUUUGGCUGCUGUAUGGUAAGACAAUGACCUGCGCAUUGGAAAUUAUGUUGGUCGAAGACUACUCUCUUGGAGAUGUGAUCGUCUUCGACUUGGCAAACGUGAAUGGUGGACACAUCGUGCGCACUGAUAUCAACCUCAUCCGCAAUCUCGAAGUCUGCUACAAGACUGCUUACCGCCGGAGGUUGAAAGGACUGCAUUUGGUGAAUGCGUCGAAGAUCAUACAUUCAGCCAUGAAAAUAGUGAAGAUGGCGCUGUCUGAAAAGUUGCAAAAGAGGGUGUUCGCGCACCUUCCAGGAUCGACGACUCUGUUCGAGUACGUGCAGCGUGACUGCAUACCAGACGAGCUGGGGGGCACUGCUGGACCUGUUGAUAACUUUUCCUACAAACUUAGGGAGAUGAUCAGCCGUGAGUGGCUGCUGGAGAAAGACAAGUACAUGUCAGACGAGAGCAAACGCCCCGCCGAGAACCGCUAUGGCGACAUCUACGGCAUCGCAGGCUCGUUUAAAAAACUGUCCGUGGACUGAAACACAACUCUUCUUUGAAGACAGAGACACGGCAUUCUUAUACAC